AUGGACAGCGACGUGCCAAAGCCGGGCCACUGGCCAGUUGACCCUCAAGAAGAUGAUGAAAUUCAUAAAGAUCGUAUCUGGGUCGAUGGUUGCUUCGACUUUGCUCAUCACGGUCACGCCGGUGCUUUGCGACAAGCCCGCCAGCUAGGUAAAGAGCUCUACAUUGGCCUUCACUCGGAUGAGGAGAUUUUGGAGAACAAAGGGCCAACCGUCAUGACCUUGGAUGAACGGUCUGCAGCAUGUGAAGCGUGCCGGUGGACCACCAAAGUCAUCCCACACGCGCCUUAUGUGACGUCCUUGCCCUGGAUCUCCCAUUACGGCUGUUGGUAUGUCGCCCACGGCGACGACAUUACCUCUGAUGCUGGUGGGGAAGACUGCUAUCGCUUCGUCAAGGCGGCUGGUCGCUUCCUCGUCUUCAAGCGAACACCAGGCAUAUCCACUACCGAUUUGGUGGGGCGCAUGCUACUGUGUACAAAGACACACUUCAUCAAGUCUCUAAUGGAUGCCCUCCAGGGCAACACUGACGCCGGCCCUGACCCGCAAAAGGCGGCAGAGGGUGCUGAAAUGCUCGAGAGAAUCAAGGACUAUGCUACGGAUGAGACAGCUUUGCAACCGGGCGCAGAAGUAUGGUCGUGGGUUGAGCAAAAACCAAGCAAGAUAGGAGAGCGAGAAUCUCCCAGCUGUGGUCGGUUCGAAAAGAUUGUGGCUGGAAAAGGUCCCAGACCAGGUCAGAAGAUCGUUUACGUCGACGGUGGCUUCGAUCUCUUCUCCUCCGGGCACAUUGAGUUUCUGAAACGAGUCAAUCAAGCGGAGAACAACGAAGCUUUUGUGGUUGCUGGUGUCCACGAUGAUGCCGUGAUCAACCACUGGAAAGGCCUCAACUACCCUAUCAUGAACAUCUUCGAGCGAGGACUGUGCGUCUUGCAAUGCCGGUAUGUCCACGCCGUCGUGUUCGGUGCGCCGUUUUUGCCCUCGAAAGCAUAUCUACAAGCAAUGCCCGUGGGCACGGUUGCCGCUGUCUACCAUGGUCCUACAACAUUCAUGCCUUCCACGUUCGAUCCUUACACGGAUGCCAAGGAGAUGGACAUUCUGCGGCAGAUUGAAGACCAUCCUUACUCGCACGUGAAUGCCGCGGAGAUCGUGGGGCGGAUUAUGAAGGGCAGACAAGCGUUCGAGGAGCGCCAGAGAAGGAAAGGCGAAAAAGCGGUGGGUGAAGAAGCUGUCCGCCAGAGAGAAAUCCUCGAGCAACAACAAGCGGCCGUCGAAGCAGACCGUCGCGCGGCCAUGCAAUGA